AUGCUUCGUAGAGCUAUCCCUGCAAGCCGCAUUGUCACAUUGUGCACACUGCCAGCACUCAGUGGGGCUCUGCGUCACAGCCACCACACACAGACGAAACACGACUUCUCCGGCUGCUUCACGCGCAAGUUGACCCCGGAGGAGGAGGAGGCGUUGGAGCUGCAGCAGGAUCGGCGUACAGUCUCUGCGGUAGUGCCUGGCAAGAUGUUUAUGCGCCACUGGAUAGCCACGGAGCAGUCAACGGUCUCGGUAGUGAACCGUGUCAUGACGGGUAUCAUGUCUGUGUGUCUGAUGUUAUGGGCUUGCGGGUACGCGACACUUGGCUACAACGGCCACAACUGUGCGCACGUGGCUGGCUGGGCGUUCAUGGCGUACUGGCUGGUUCUCCAUACGCACUGUAUGUGGAUGGCCCCGGCCUUUGUGACACUUGCCCUGAUGCAGUUGCUUCUGAACUAG